AUGCAUUCCUUUUCUACCGUUCUUCUCUUCAUCGCCGCGCUGGCCGGCCACUCUGUCGCUCAAAGUUGCACCGACCAGUGCGCAGACGUCUUCGCCGUAGCGAGCUCAGAAUGCCCGCACCUCGGCAACACAAAAGAAGACGCCGACACCCUUAACGGCCCCAAAAUGAGCUGGAAGAACAACAUCUGGUCCACCCGCGGCAAGGAUGGUGCCGUGGUUGAGAUCGACCCCAGAGCUUGCACUCUAAGAACCUUCGGUGGCCGUGACGACUUCUGCGGCAUCUGGAUCGGCGGUAAGGAGGAGAAAGGAAAGGGAAACACUGAGAUUCCUUUCAACGGUGGCUGUUGCAAGAUUGACAAAGAGUUCUGCAAAGAUGGCGCUAUUGACUGGGCGCAGUUGCUGAGAGUGAAGAAGGGGCCUGAUGCUUCGUAG